UCUCUCUCUCCCUCUCUUUGCACUUCCCAAGGGAGCAAAGACACAGUGGGCUGACUGAGCUCUUUGAAGCCAACCAAUAAUGGUUGGGUCUCGGAUGCCCCUGGCUCUCCUUCUGUCAGUCCUGUUAAUGUCCUACACAAGAUUCUGCUGUUCACAGAGAGACAACAACAGCAAUUGCUUGGGAAGAGUCUUAACCUUCACAAAUUGUCAAGCCGACAUAGGUAACCCCCUCCCGAACGGAGUCCUGGACAAAUCGGCCAAAUAUCACCUGACCAGCCCCAUCACCACGGUAGUCAUCCCCACCCUUUACACCUUGGUCUUUCUCUUCGGUUUGCCGUCCAACGGGCUGGGUCUUUUGACGCUGGUCCUAAAGAUGGAGAAGACGCCGUCCACCAUCUUCCUGAUGAACCUGGCGAUGGCAGAUCUGCUCGUGAUCCUCAUGCUCCCCUUCAAGAUCCACUACCACUUCCUGGGGAACCACUGGGUGUUCGGGGAAGCUCUGUGCCGGACACUGACUGGCCUGUUCUACGGGAACCUGUACUGUUCCGUGUUGCUCCUCACCGCCAUCAGCAUCGACAGGUACCUAGCUUUAGUCCAUCCCUUCUUCUCCAGGCGCUUCAGAGACAAGAGCUUUGCCAUUUGUACCUGUGCCGUCAUCUGGGUGUUGGUUGGUGUCUCCCUGAUGCCAUUGCUGCUCCAGAGACAGGUCUAUACCUUCGAGGAUCUGAACAUCAACACCUGCCACGAUAUGUUGCCCGAGAUCGAGUCCGAUUACGUCCUCUAUUACUUUGUCUGCCUGGUUGUGCUUGAGUUUGCAAUCCCGUGCCUCAUCAUUAUAUUCUGCUACACGUCGAUAAUAAGGACCUUGAUUGUGAACAAGAAGAAAUACGCACGAGCUGCUAAGAUCACCUUUCUGCUCCUCAUAGCUUUCCUUCUUUGUUUCGCUCCCAGUAACAUCACCCUUCUCAUCCAUUACUCUGUCCAUCCUCGCACGCACAACCACAACAUCUACUUGUAUUACUUGAUCUGCCUAGCACUCUCCAGCUUCAAUAACUGUCUUGACCCUUUCCUGUACUAUUACAUCUCGGAUGAGUUCAGGGAGAAGGUUCGAAGCCUCUUUAGGGAUGCAGAAGGCGAACACUCUCAGAAAACAUCCCACAAGCUCAUGUCAGCCAACACCUGCUCCAGAUCGCCGCAAAUGGCUUCUCUUCCACCC